AUGCGAAAGUUGGAAUGGGACGACAUGGGAGUGAAGGUUGAUGGUCGGCAGCUACACCAUUUGCGCUUUGCUGAUGACAUCGUACUGAUAACACCUAGCAUCAGCCAAGCGGAACGAAUGCUGACCGAAUUCGACGAAACAUGUGGAUGCAUCGGUCUUCAGCUGAAUCUACAAAAGACGAUGUUCAUGCGGAACGGAUGGGUCUCGGAUGCCCCAUUCACGCUCAACGGAACGAACAUAUCCGAAUGCACCAGCUACGUUUAUCUGGGUCGGGAACUGAACAUGAUGAACGACCUGACCCCCGAGCUGGGCAGGAGGAGACGAGCGGCUUGGGGAGCGUACAAGAGCAUCGAGGAUGUAGUGAAGAAGACCAGGAACACCCGGCUCCGUGCUCACCUCUUCAACACCACCGUACUUCCUGCUUUGACCUAUGCUUCGGAAACCUGGGCAUUUCGCAAGCAGGAAGAAAACGCGGUGAGCGUCAUUGAACGCGCAAUUGAGAGAGUGAUGCUAGGAGUAUCCCGUUUCACGCAAGUGAGGGACGGGAUUCGAAGUUCCCUCCUACGUCAGCGAUCGAAGAUUAGAGACGCCGCCGCGUUUGCCAAGGAAAGUAAAAUAAGGUGGGCCGGACACGUGAUGCGCUUUGAUGACAACCGUUGGACCAGAGCCGUGAGCGACUGGGUUCCCCGCGAUAUUAAGCGCACUACAGGAAGACCGCCGACCCGAUGGUCAGAUUUCUUCACGAAGUCCUUGAAAGAAAAAUAUGAUGCUCUUCGUGUCCCACGCGAAAGGAAGAACCACUGGGCUACUCUGGCACGCGAUCGGGACAAAUGGAAGAAUUACUGGCGCCCGCUCGACCAGUUCGAAGAUCAACGGGAGUCAAGGUGA